AUGUCUCGUCAGUCUGUCUGCAGGAGCUUCGGAGGGGGGAGCAGAAGGGGCUUUAGCUCCUGCUCUGCAAUCGGUGGUGGCUUUGGAGGCGGCAGCCGGAGCAGGAGCAGCUACAGCUCGUACUCUGUGUCCAGGGGAUUCGGAGGUGGAGGACGGUGCGGGGGCUUCGGCAGCCGGAGCCUCCACAACAUGGGGGGCAGCGCCAGGAUGUCCAUGGGCGGGUGCUACGGUGGCGGGUACGGCAGCAGGAUGGGCGGCUUUGGCGGGAGCUACGGGGGUCUCGGCAGUUUUGGGGGCGGAAUGGGUGGAGGAGGAGGAGGAAUGUGCGGCUUUGGAGGAAUGGGUGGAGGUGGAAUGGGGGGUGGAGGAGGAAUGGGUGGCUUUGGUGGAGGGAUGGGUAGCUUUGGUGGUGGGAUGGGUGGUGGAGGAAUGGGUGGCUUUGGUGGCCCAGGCUUUGGCAUGGGUGGCCCUGGGAGAGGUGGCCCUGGGAUCCAGCCAGUGCAGAUUGACACGACCCUCCUGCGUCCGGUCCAUGUUGAGAUUGAUCCCCAGAUCCAGCAAGUUAAAAACCAGGAGAAGGAGCAGAUCAAGACCCUGAACAACCAGUUUGCCUCCUUCAUUGACAAGGUCCGAUUCCUGGAGCAGCAGAACAAGGUGCUCUCCACCAAGUGGGAGCUGCUCCAGCAGCAAGGGCCAUCAGGGCCAAGGAAGAACCUGGAUGUGAUCUUUGAGAAUUACAUCCAGAACCUGCGGAGGCAGCUGGACUCAAUCCUGGCACAGCGGGGCCAGCUGGAAUCGGAGCUGCAGAACAUGCAGCAGUACGUCGAGGAUUACAAAACCAAGUAUGAGGAAGAGAUCAACCGGCGCACGACAGCUGAGAACGAGUUCGUGGUGCUGAAGAAGGAUGUGGACAGUGCCUACAUGACCAAAGUUGAGCUGGAAGCCAAGGUGGGAGCUCUGACAGAUGAAAUCAACUUCCUGAGGUGCAUCUACGAGGAGGAGCUGUCUCAGAUGCAGACGAUCAGCCGGGACCUGUCCGUGGUGGUGUCCAUGGACAACAACCGGCACCUGGACCUGGACAGCAUCAUCGAGGAGGUUCGGCGCCAGUACGAGCAGAUUGCCCAGAGCAGCCGGGCUGAGGCUGAGGCCUGGUACCAGAGCCAGUAUGAGCAGCUCCAGAGCACGGCCGGCCGGCACGGGGACAACCUCCGCAACACCAAGAUUGAGAUCCAGGAGCUGACCAGGAACAUUCAGAGGCUGCGGGCUGAGAUUGAGAACGUGAAGAAGCAGAACCAGCAGCUUCAGGCAGCCAUUGCUGAGGCUGAGGAGAGGGGAGAGAUGGCUCUCAAAGACGCCAGGGUGAAGCUGGAAGAGCUGGAGAGUGCCCUGCAGAAGGACAAGGAGGAGCUGGCUCGCCUGCUGAAGGAGUACCAGGAGCUGCUGAACAUCAAGAUCGCACUGGACGUUGAGAUUGCCAUGUACAGAAAGCUGCUGGAGGGAGAGGAGAACAGGCUGUGCAACGAUGGCAUGGCCAACGUCAAUGUCUCUGUGGUGGGCAGGACGACUGUCUCUGGAGGCAGAGGAGGCAUGGGAGGCGGAUUCGGAGGCAGUGGCAUGGGAGGCGGAUUCGGAGGCGGCAGCUGUGGAAUGGGAGGAGGAUUCGGAGGCGGCAGCGGCAUGGGAGGAGGAAUGGGAGGAGGCAUCUGUGGAGGAGGCAGCAGCUUUGGAGUAGGCAGCAUGGGUGGCAGCUGUGGGAUGGGGGGAGGAAUGUACGGUGGCGGCUUCUCCUCUGGAAGCGGAAGGAUGUGCGGCUCUGGCGGGGGAUCCUCCUCCGUGCGGAGAUGCGUCACCACCACCUCGGUCAAAUCUUCGGGAGUGAGAUUCUGA